UGCUUACUGCAUUAGCCUAGGUGUGUUACGAAAGAAGAGAUGAUUUCAUAUCUGUAAUUAAGUUUAUCGAGUGGCCAGGAAACGUAGGUUACAAGGUGUUCUGUCUUCGUUAUUGAUUACACGUGGUCCAUUAAAAUCCUAUUUCACGGCCAAUUUGAAGGGAUGAUUUACACGAAACUGAUUCCUUUAAAAUAAUGGAUGGAUGGAACAGAUGGACAAUUGACUGACUGAAUGAAUCAUUCGGUGAUUUAUUGAUUGAUUGGUGGAUUAAAUGAAUGAUAGCAUGAAUGAAUACCUAAAUGAAGAAUAUAUAACACUCAAGGAAACACAUCAGUAACAGGUAUUCAAACCAAUGCGCUAUUAAUUCUUAAAAGGAAGAAAACUUCAACAGCACUUAAAAUGCUGCACAAAUUUACUUUGAAUAUUAGUUGAAUGACAAACAAUUACCGGAGACUAGAGCUUAUUAUUACAUUCUAUUCUUCACGACUCUUGUUCUAGUAAAAUGAAUAAUUGCUGUGCAAGUUGAGAUUGGAACAUUUAAAAUGUAUGACAAAGUAGCUCCGGACUGCAAUGAAUCGAAUAGCUCACGGUCAACAGGCCCGCUCUCUCUUCCCCAUUUGUCUCGCAGCUCACGUAGCUCGAGCUCACCAGAGCUACGCUUUUGCCAGGAAUCUGCUUUGAACCCAUUGGUACCGGCUCCUGCUGAAACCACUCCACCACCGCCGAACGAAUGUUCAAACUGUAGUAGUUCGCACCAAGUGCAUGAACCUUUAAAACGGACUUCAACUUCUUCAGGAACAGAAAAAAAAUAUGAUCUACGGUGUUGUACACUUCCUGUGUGUAUCGUAACGCUUCAAAUACUUCUUGGAUUUAUAAUUACUACUUUUGGAAUUGUAAUGUUGCUUAUGACUCCGUCUGUUAAACAUCGGGAUGCCCCUUAUUGGGCAGGCGUUUUAUUGAUGAUUGCUGGUACUAUUGGACUGUACUAUAGCGCUAUUCAGAAUCAAGUGUACUUUGGAAGUCCUAGGGCAUUUUUUAUUAAGACUGUGUGCUUUGGGUUAUCCUUCUGCUGUGUUUUUAUUAAUACUAUCGCUAGUGCUUUCUGCGGAAUACAAGCAAAUAUUAUCGACUCUCUCCAUCAAAACUAUCCUCACGUCUGCCACACUGACACGGACACAGAAAUUGCUGAUCGUGAUUGUGUAUGUACACGCCGCGAGGACAACUUGAUUAAACAUACGUAUUUGUUUGAAAACAUCGCUGAUUGUCGGAACUUUCUUCUAAAUCUGAAAACUUAUCUAGUAUUUCAAUGUUCACUCAAUGCAAUCGGGGGACUUGCUUGUUUCUUAGUUGUCAUUAUGAUGUGGCGGUCACGUUACAUGGAUUUCCAUUCUGGACUUCGGUUUUAUUCGUACAGUGCCAGUAUUCCAAAUCAUCCUUGGGCGGACCGAUCAACCCCACCCUACGAAAUGUUCCUGAUGUCCGAAGCAAACAACAAUAACAGUACAAAUAGUAAUCCCGCAUCUCCGCGCCCGAGGACGCAAUCCGGAAGAUGACAGUGUGAAAAUGCGAGUAAGUUGUGAAGUGAAAAUCAGAUCCAAUCAUGAACAGGUGGCUAUACUGUAUGUUAUGUUCCGCCUUUGUGACGUGGGGAAGUAAACAGUACUGGUGUAAUACAGUCUAUAAUGUGAGACCAACAAAAUUUCACAUGACCGUAUAUCAAAACCGCCACAAAAGUACUCAACUGCUAUUAUAAAGACCAAAUUAAUUGACCUGCAGUAAUCAGAUGUACAGGUGUGGAAGAGACGCCGAGAAUCUCCUCACAACGUUAGCAAGAUUAUCAAGUCGGCUGCUUUCUUUUAAUCUUAAAUCAUGUCUGUUAAAUAGUACUCAAGAGAUUUGUGGCGAUCGUUAAAACGAAAGCGACGCCAACCACACGAAGCAAGAAUACCUAAGCUCAUUUGAGCUUGUGUUCCACUGCAGGAGACAUGUGUCCUUCAUGUUUAAAGCGAAGAUAUUAAGUGAAGAUGCCAAACUCAUCAAUGCUAUAUGACAGCUAAUGGGCUUGCUCCUUGUUCUCUAUUAUUCGAUGUGACUUUUCUAUUCCAGAACCCAAUAAGUAAUCGAUAUAGCAUUUAUAUACAGUAAUAGCUGUUGUAAAGCAAAAUCCGAUACUGUGCAUCCUGAAGUACUCCAGUACACACUAAAAACCAUUCUUCGAUUACUAAAUAAAAUAGCAGAAAUGUAAUUACACUUUGUCUGUUGACAAGGAAGCAUCAAGUAAAGAGAUAUCUAGAAACAUUUCUCAACAAUUAUCUCUAUCACUUCGGUAUUCAUAACAUCUAUGAAUGUUUCAAUUUAUAAUAUUUUAUGCCUUUUUAUUCUCUAGAAUGCUCUUUUGCAAAAAACAUGGUAGUAGGCAACUUAUGAAAUACAAUAGUAGUGGUCACUAUAUUAUUCUUGCAAAAACCACAAAGUUGAUUGAUAUCUGCAUGAUUCAUAUUUUGUAAUGUCGAUUGUUCAAUAGCAGUGUGGUUUAAUGCUACAAUAGAAAAAAACUGAGCAGUUUCAUCACAGUUUACAUUACAAUACAAUACAUUUUGGUGUUUAAAACUUUUUUUUAUUAAAAUACAAAUACAUAUGUAAGACAUUCACUUGCACCUUUUUACUGUUAAACCAUUAUAUCCUUAAAGAAUGCUUUGCAAACAUUUGCACUCCCUCCAUCUUACUUAUCUCAACAAUUGUCUAUUUCAAGCUUACUUUAAGAAUAUUAACAUACAUAAUGUUACAAAAUCGCAAUCUUUUUCUGAAGUUUCUGCUUUGAACAACAAUCAAUCCCAUACUGUUGAGAGCUUUCCAAAUUUCAUCUUACAGUUUCAGCUUUGAAAACAUCCACCAGAAAUUUAUUACAAAGGCUCAACAAGAGUGAAGUAUUUAUUUUUAUGUUUUAAUCUAAUUUUAAUUACCGUUAGAUUUAUUGCAAGGAUUUCAUUUGUUAAUCUCAUUUGUUGAUAUACAAAUCACUUUCUGUAGUAAUUGUUCACAACUUCUGAAAAAAAUGAAAAGAUUUAAAUGUUCAGGCUGGCAACCAUAGGAAUUGCUGGAACCCCCUUUUUCCGUUUGAGCGAAAACUGUCUGAUAAUAUAAACCACUCUCAAUUCGCAUUAAAAAAAAUCAUCAAGGAGAUGAUGAAAUUCACCAUUUACAUGCUAGAAUUCUGCAGCUUCAAAAGCCCUCCCCCUGACACCCGCGAGAACUUUUCUUCUGGACACACCAUGGCGCUUUAAGUAUCCUCUAGAACUCCGGUUCUAACAUAAAACCUCCUGGUUAUGAGUCUGGUGCUGUGGCCAUAUCUGAGAAGGAAAAAGAGAAAAAAAUGUAAUCCCCUAGAUGAUAAACUUUCGCUUCAUUUGGCCUUGCAAUUGGAAUACUGUACACAGUAAAUUACUUGGCAAUCAAAUGCAUGGUUUGUAAAUGCCAAGGCCUUGCUGUUAUCAUAUGAAAUGGCUUCUUCUUUCUUGUAUUUGGUCUAAGAAUUUUUCAUAAUAUAUUGAAAUAAUAAAAACAGUAUUACAUUUAAGUACUACUUAAUUACUAUUGUUAUACACAGCCUUUACCAUUAUUUUUAUUGUUCAUAUAAGUAACUAUUAUUAUUAUUGAUAUAUAUUUAUCAAUAUAUUAAAUUUAUGAGUAAAAAAUGCCAAACAACAUAGUCAAUCCAUUUCAAAUUUUACAGGUUUUUAAAUUAGGUUUUCACACAAGUUUUAAUGUAUUUCUUGCUAAUUAAUAUACAUAAAAUGCAAAGUUAAAUUAUUAGAAUCUAAAGACAGGAUAAAGUGUAUUUAUAACAUUCCCACAAAUUAUUUAUAGAUUUUUUGUGUAGACUUUACGCAAAUAAUAAUAAGACCUAACAAAAUUUCAAUGUUUAUAUUUUGUAUUAUUUUUUUUUUUACUUUUAGAUUACAGUAGAACCCCUACUUUGGGACACCCCAAUUCUGGGGACACCCCUAUUAAGGGGACACUUUUCCGUGAAACGAGGGGCGAUAUAUCUUUUAACACUGCGGUCAACCCCUAUUAAGGGGACACCCCUAUUAAAGGGAUGGCGACACUUUCUGGGUGUCAAAUGGUCAAUAAGCCCCUAUUAAGGGGGACACUUUAUUUUUUUUCUAUUGUAUCACAACAAAUACAACAGUCUCAAAAUAAGAAAAAUUCACUCAACCUUAUAUAGUGACACAUUUUGUGCAACUUAUUAAGGAACUUUCUAACUAUUAUCACCUUUCUACUGCUGUUUGUCAAGGGCGAGCUUUUGUUAGCCUAAUAAUAAUAAUUCUGAAUCAUGUAAAAUAAUCCAUCUUUCUUUGGUAGUAGUUUGGUGUGUCUAAGUAUUUUCAUGGGUUGUUGUUUUGCUUGUAUCUGUUAAGGUGGUGUUCUAUUCUCACCUCUUAUUGAUUUGAUUGAAUUUUAUAUUUUGAGAAUUUAUACAAUUUUGUUGUGGCUUUUAUUUUAAUUGUUUUGCUAUAUGUAUGAAUAUACUGUAUUGUCCGUUUUAAUGAAAUUGU